AUGGCCGAAUCAGCACCUCAAGCCUUCAAUGCUGAACCACCGCCACCACCAGAUAAGGCACCACCUUUGCCAGAAACGUUCAUCUUCCCAGACUAUCUUCCAACACCACCCUUCAUAGACGUCGAUGGCGUACCUAACUUCCGCGACAUGGGUGGCUACCUUACCGCCUCGUCCUACUUCUCUGGUGCUGGCACUUCAGCUACCACGCCUAUGAUGGUCCGUCGAGGUCUUCUAUACCGAUGCGCUCAUCCACAGCUACUCACUCAGCAAGGCAACAAGACACUAACAGAUCAGCUGGGCAUCAAACACAUCUAUGACCUGCGAUCGGCUCCCGAAGUUAAGAAGCUUUCCGCUUCAUUGGCGCAAUUUAAUGAGUCAGAUGCACCAACCAACCCUGACUCUACAGCCUUGCAGCCGGAAGGUAUGACCCGGCAUUUCACUCCUGUGUACGAGGAAGAAGACUACGGCCCCGUCGCUUUGGCCACCAAGUUAGGCUGGUACACUUCUGCUCAAGUUACUGGUGACAAACUGCCAUUCGCAUAUUCGGAAGGUUUCGUCAAUGCAUACCGAGACAUCGCGACUCAUGCCACAAUCUCCGAUAAACACAAUGCUGCUUAUCCCACCAUAUUACGGCAAAUCAUCGAACACCCGGACGAACCGAUCAUUUUUCACUGCACUGCUGGCAAAGAUCGAACUGGUGUACUUGCUGCUAUGCUCCUGAGACUAGCGGGAGUGGACGAUGAUACAAUUGCUUGGGAAUAUGCAUUGACAGAGCCUGGUCUCGGUUCGUGGCGUAACCUGUUUAUCGAACGGAUAUCUAGAGGUGGCCUGGGUCAAGCAGGAGCAAAAAGCGCCGAAGUCCAAGAAGUUAAACCAAAAAUGAGUCGAGAAGAGGCCAGCAGAAUCGUUGGCAGCAGAGCCGGCAAUAUAAAAGCCUUCUUGAGAUUGGUUCUGGACGGAGAAUUUGGAGGAGUAGAGAACUAUAUGAUGAGUAAAUGUGGGUUGAGCUCUGAGGAGGUGGAGAAGCUAAAGCAGAUCUUGGUCGUUCCUGUUCAAAGGGUUGAGGAUGUGGUGCCGGUUAGGGGUAUCAAAGACUGGACUGCAGAUGGUGGUGUCCAAGACACCAACAACGACCAAAGAGAGUUGCCUCUCAACGAGGACGCGGGACGUGAGACAGAGCAGAAGGUGAUGGCAGGUUAA